AUGGCGGAUCUCGAGCAGCAAACCCCGAUUGAGGGCACACCCAUCGACGACAUUGAGAUGGAGGGUGCGGGUGAUGCUGGAGCUGGCGCAGGUGAGGAGACAACUCUCCUGCCGGAGAUUGAGCCCGAAGCACCCAAGCUGGUUCUCUUCGCUGAUCUCAUGAAGAGUCCGAUCGUUGAAGUCGUCGUUGGCUCAGGAGACAACCGCACCACAUACUCAGCACACGAGGCAGUUCUCGUCAAGUCACCAGAGUUCGCCAAACAGGUCGAGAAGUUUGCGCCAGGAGGGCCUCGUCAAAUCGUCUACACUGAUUGCGAUGUCGAUGCGAUGGGCUCAGUCGUCGAAUACCUCUACACAGGCGAAUACUUCCCCAAGAAGACGUCAGCCGCACGCGAUGCGCCCCUCGAGAAAGACCCGCGACAGCCUGUAACCGAUAAUGACGGCUUGGGUCUCCUCGUCCACGCACGCAUCUACACGCUUGCCGACCGUCUCCAACUUCCCGAGCUGAAAUCGCUCGCACACUCCAAGAUCCACCGCACAGCGUCGACUGCAAAGGGCGAGCUUGCAUACGCACGCUACGUAUACAAGGAGUCCAACCCGGAAGAUGCCACAAUCCGCAAGCCCGUCGCUGCCUUCUGGGCUACACGAAGCUACAGCCUACGCCACGACGCGGAGCCAGAGUUCAAGGCCAUGUGCCUGGAAUUCCCGCAAUUCUCGUAUGACGUGCUGCAGCUCGUCUUGGACCAGCAGGAGAAGAAGCGUGGUGGUGAUGAUGGACCAAGCCGAAGUGGACCAACUGUGGUUCCUGGAAGCACGAGGAAGAGGGCUAGGGUGAGUCAGGUGUAG